AUGGAGGUUCAGGUUCCGUCGCUUGCCACUGUCACCACCACAAGGCACGUGUUGGUCGUGCCAUACCCAUCGCGGGGCCACAUCAACCCCAUGAUGAACUUGUGCAAGUUGCUCGUGUCUCAAAACACAGACAUCCUCGUCACCUUCGUUGUCACCGAACAAUGGCUUCGCUUAAUCGCCACCGAACCCAAACCACACAACAUAAGACUCGCUUCUCUCCCCAACAUUGGUCCUUCCUCAGACACUUUCGCCAACGUUGUCGAAGCCGUUAUGACCAAGAUGGAAGCGCCGCUUGAGCUUCUACUCCAUCGGCUGAACCCUCCGCCGACAACCAUUCUUUGUGAUGCUUUUCUCUACUGGGCCAUCGCCGUCGGGAACCGGAGGAAUAUUCCGGUGGCGGCGUUCUGGACAACUACGACAUCGGAGUUGUGGGUGCAAUAUUUCCAUGUUUUUCAACAAAACUUGGAUGAUCAUCAAAAGCUGAUAGAUUAUAUUCCUUCAACUUCCUGGAUUGAUCGAGCGUAUAUUCCUCUUCUUGAUGAGAAAAAUCGUCAAAUUUUGCAAUGGGCUCAGAAAUGUUGUGAAUGGCUUUCUAAAGCACAGUACCUGUUGUUGCCUUCAAUCUAUGAGCUCGAAUCCCAAGUCACUGACGCCUUAAGAGCAAGGAUCUCAAUGCCCAUUUACACCAUUGGUCCAAACAUACCUUAUUUUAAUCUAGGUGAGAAAUCAUGUUAUACUAAUGAUACUACCCAUGAUGGAAAUUACAUAGAUUGGCUUGAUGGUCAACCCGUAGGUUCUGUUUUGUACAUUUCAUAUGGUAGCUUUCACUCAGUCUCCAGAGCACAAAUGGAUGAAAUUGUUGCUGCUUUGCACAAAAGCAAUGUUAGAUUCUUGUGGGUAACGCGUGAAGAGACUAAUAGACUGAAAGAGAUUUGUGGUGACAUGGGGUUGGUUGUUGCAUGGUGUGACCAAUUGAGGGUGCUGUUACAUCCUUCUGUGGGGGGUUAUUGGACACAUUGUGGGUGGAAUUCGGUUGUAGAAGGUGUUUAUGCUGGUGUUCCUUUUUUGACCUUUCCAAUUGCUAUGGAUCAACCAUUGAUUAGUAAGCUUAUAGUAGAGGAUUGGAAGGUUGGGUGGAGGGUGAAGAAGGAUGAUAAAUUGGACACUUUGGUGAGAAGAGAUGAGAUUGUUGUGUUGUUGAGGAAAUUCAUGCACUUGGAUAGUGAUGUAGGAAGAGAUAUGAGAAAGAGAGCCAAAGAACUUCAAGAUAUAGCUCAGAAAGCAAUUGCAAAGGAUGGAUCAUCUGAAAUUAAUUUCAGAGCCUUUAUGAAGAAUAUAUUAGUGCACAGUGAAGAGUCACAUGAAUCAAACGGACCUCAAGUUCAAAAUGGUGUUGAGAAGCUUAAUUGA